AUGGCUUCUUCAACAGCUAUAGAUAUUCUACGUAUAAGUCAAACAUAUACACAGUAUACUAGUCGCAUUAUACUCAUUAUUGGAAUAAUCGGAAAUUUUCUUAAUAUUUUUGUUUUUACUAAUUUCAAAGCGUUUCGAAAUAAUCAAUGUGCUUUAUAUUUUGUAACCGAAUCAAUAUCAAAUAUAUGUCAAUUAAUAAUAUAUUUUGUUAUAUAUGCAUUAGUAACAUCAGAUGGCAUUGAUCCAGGAAAUUCAAUACUUUUUUGGUGUAAAUUUCGUGCUACAAUGAUUCCAUUAUGUACAAUAAUUUCAUUUUCUAUAAUAUGUUUCUCUGCUUGUGAUCAAUAUCUUUCAACAAAUCUUCAUUUCAAUUUAAGAAAAUUGAGUACAAUUAAAUUGGCUCAAAUUUUAAUAUUUACAGCGAUUGUUAUUUCAAUAUUACAUGCCAUUCCAUUUUGUAUUUUUCUUGAAAUUCGAGCAUCGCGAUGUAGUGUUUUCAAUCCAAUAAUGUCUCAAUAUCUAUCAUUUUUCUAUUAUCCAAUAUUAUCUGGACUUCUACCAAUUUUCAUAGCAUCAUUAUUUAGUAUUUUAGCAUAUCGCAAUGUUCGACGAAUUGUUCGACGACAAAUACCUAUAGUUCGUCGACGACUUGAUCGACAAUUGACAGCAAUGGUCCUUAUUCGUGUUAUUACGUUUGUUAUUUUAACAUCACCUUAUGCUAUUCAAAGAAUGUAUACAUAUAUUGCAAAAAUUGAUCCAUCAAAUCUUUUUCCAUAUGCAAUUAAUAUUCUAGUGGGAGGAAUUAUAAGUUCAUUUUUCAAUUUAAAUUAUGCGAUAUCUUUUUAUAUAUUUAUGGCAUCUUCAUCAAGAUUUCGUCGUCAGAUAAAUCUCCCGUUUACUGAUGAUACAGUAGGUCUCUACACAUCUUCGAUGUCAUUAAUGGCCAAUGCAAUGGAAUUUACGGCUGAAUGUUAUGUAGUUGAAUCACUUCUUCAAUCAACACUUGAAUGCGUUUUUAAUUCAUCAUGUUUAAGUACCGUAAUGGAAUUUUUUCUGGAUACUUAUUUGACUAAUAUCAAGCGUCUUGAUGCUAAUCGAACUCAAUAUCCACUUCAAACUAUUAUUUUUACAUUUGUUAAUAACUGA